CAUGUCAUCUCCACGGAAGCGGCACCGGAAGCCCACCACGCAACAGCCACAACCGGCUCCCAACAUUGCCAAGCGGAUACACGUCUCUCUGGAAGAGGACAAGCCCAUCGGACUGGAGCUGGACUUUAGCGCCGAGGCGACAACAGGAGUACGCGUGUCUCAUGUCAACGCUGGCGGCGCCGCGGAGAGCGAGGGGGUGGAACAAGAAGAUAGGCUCAUUCACGUUUCGGGGCAAGAUGUUCGCGAGAUGGGGCUCGUGGAGACAAGGGAGAUGCUCCUGAGGCGUGCCAAGACGACCCUGCUAGUCUUUGAGCGGCCGUUGCCGCCAUCGCCGCCGCCGUCGCCCCCAUGCCCGCGAAAAAAAAUGGGCACCAAGAAUGCCCGCCGUGAAAAAAGUUGUCGAAAAAAACGUCCCCCGGGCGGCGGCGGCGGCGGCGGCGGCGGCGGCGGCAACGGUGAUUUGUCAUCUGACGCGCAGCCGUACGUGAGCCCGGUGGCAGCAGCAGCAGCAGCAGAAGCAGGGACCACAUGGCAGCGCAGAAGCACGGAUCCCGCUGCCGCACAGCGCCGUCGCAGAUACCAGCAGCACCGCCUGUACAACAGCGGCGGCGGCGACAGCGGAAGCGGCAGCGGCGAGGAAGCUCCUUCAACCGCCGAGGCGGCGGCGGCCCUGGCGGCGCUCGCGGGUAGGGGUGGCUUUGGGGCGAAGGCGGUACAGCGUGCGGCGCAAAAGCGACGCCGACGAAAGGCCGCGAAGGCUACGGUGGCCGUGACGCCAACAGCGGUCGACACCGACCCCAAGGUGCGGGCGACGAAAUAG